CGAGAGCGAAGCCGAAGAUGAAAUACGUUGCUGUGGUCCUUCUAAUCAUCACCGCGGUGAUCGCUUUACCGGCCAAAGUGAAACUCGACUCCGAAGAUGUGGAAGUCGAAAUAGCACCGUCCGUGCUAAGGAGCAAACGGCGCUUCGAAUAUCUUCCCCCGGUCAAUCACAUUACGACAAGAAGACCGAGGACCUCGACGAACGGUUUAACAUAUUUGCCGCCGGCCGAACCCACGUCGACGUUCAGGCCUAUGACGCCGCCCAGAAGACCGGACAUGCCGCCACCGAGGAAGUACAUGGAAGUUAGCACCAGGUACUACAAUUACACUACGGUCACAUAUAAAUAUACGACCACCACACCCAGGACGACCACCCCCUAUUUCUAUGACAAGCCGCAGGUGCGGUUCGAGGAGGGAAAAUAAAGAUAUUUAUGCCUUUUUGUUUAAUAAAAUUUUAGAAAAUUA